AUGGAUCCCAGGUACCCAAAACUAUCAUGUGGAAUCGACGCACUACUACGACCAAUGGCCCCCCACAAUGAUAAUGCAUUCAACCCAUGUUUCCUAGUGCAUGCAUUGGCACUUUUUGCCACAGCAAAUAUCAUUUGUGGAGUGCUAGUGUUAUAUAAAACAACAACACGUAAGCCCCGAUAUGGCAGUUUAUCGUUGAAAAAUACAGGUGUCACUCAUUACAUUCGUUUAAAUUCCGUCGCCUUACAAAUAAUAUUGACAGGCUAUCUCAGUUCUUUUAUCAGUAUUCAUGAAAGAUUUGCCGACCCCAAGCUUCUUGCAUUUGGAUUGCUUAAUUUGCUACUUGUGCUUGUUAUUUUCCCAUUGCAUUUUAUAGAAACAAUAUAUUCACCAGUUCCAUCCGACUUGUUGCUAGUAUUUUGGCCAACCCUUACGGUUUUCAGUAUGGCAUUGUAUUUUCAAGACAAUUUCACCAACUGGGUAAUUAUUCAACUGGUUGAUUCAUCUAUUGUGAUUUCUGAGGCAUUACUAGUGCUCAACCCAGUUUUUGUUUUUGUUUUGGAAUACUCAUACUACAAGCCAAGCCAUGAGUUGGUUUUAGAAUACAAAAGAAGCAACCGGCAGCAGCAGCUUUCUGAACCCAACAUCAUUCAGAAAGUCACGUUCACGUGGAUGAAUGAGUUGAUUGUUAAUUCCUACAAGAAUCAGACUGUGACAAAUGCAGAGUUACCUAACACACCAGCAGAUAUUUCUACAGUGCAUGCUACAACUACAUUAAGGAAACACUGGAAUGGUGGCAAUUUAACUGGAUCUUUGUUGAAGGCCUUUGGGUGGGGGCUCCUUGUGUCAUUUUUUUAUGAGUUUGGAGGGAGAGUUCUUAACUUUGUGCAGCCUCAAUUGUUGCGAUUGUUGAUUCUUUAUUUCAACAUACAGAAUCCACCAAUAUUGCGAGGUAUCUUGAUUUCGCUUGGCAUGUUUGUGAAUACUAUGUUACAGACAUCGCUUAAUAACAGAUACAUGCUUACCAAUCUUGAGGUUGGGUUGAAUUGUCGCUCAUCGUUAACAUCCUUGGUAUACCAGAAAGCGUUACUAUUAUCCAGUGAAUCAAGAUCCAAAACAAAUUCUGCAGAUAUCAUCAACUUGUUGUCGGUAGAUAUCAACAGAAUUCAAAAAGUGUUGAUGAACCUUAGUACGCUUGUUCUCGCACCUUUAGAUAUCAUAUUGUGUGUAGCGUCACUUUACCCACUCUUGCAUGGUGCUACAUUUGCAGGGGUUGGUGUGAUGAUUCUUUUAAUUCCCGUUAAUGCGAUAGUUGUAAAGUACUAUAAGAAUUUGAGUAAGACACAAAUGAAACUUAAGGACAACAGAUCUAGAGUUAUAAACGAAAUAUUAACAUCAAUCAAAAGUAUCAAGUUGUUUGCAUGGGAAACGCCAAUGCUUAGGAAACUUUCUGAAGCCAGAAACAACAAAGAGUUGGCAAACUUGAAACGAAUCAGAGGUGUUGGCCAAGGUGUUUUAUUUAUCUGGAAUAUUAUCCCAUUUUUAGUUUCGUUUACUUCGUUUGCCACUUUUGCCUUAACCCAGAAACAAGCAUUGACAUCGGACAUUGUUUUCCCCGCAUUGGCAUUAUUAAAUUUAUUAUCAGGUCCGUUAAUGGAACUUCCUGCGGUCAUUACAUCGAUGAUUGAGGCAAAUGUUGCCAUUGGAAGAGUGAAAAACUUUUUGCUAAGUGAAGAAAUUGAUGAAUCUAUGAUUAGAAGAUUGCCACCAGCUUCUGGCGAAUCAGUUAAAAUACAAAAUGCUACUUUCCAUUGGAAUAGACAAUCGUUUACCGAUGCACCGGAUCAAACAGGAGAACCGGAUGAAACUAGUAAAGACAGAACCCACAGUUUGAAAGAUAUUGAUUUUUCAGUAGCCACAGGUCAACUAAGCUGUGUUGUGGGUAAAGUUGGCAGUGGGAAAACAUCAUUGUUGUAUGCAUUAUUGGGACAAUUGAUAACAACUCAGGGCAAAAAUGCAGAACUUCCGCCUUUGAUUGAGAUAAGGGGCACAGUGGCAUACUGUGCUCAGCAACCGUGGAUCAUGAAUGCGUCUGUUAAAGAGAAUAUUGUUUUUGGGUAUAAAUUUGACAAAGAUUUUUAUGAAGAAACCAUAGAAGCUUGUCAAUUACUUCCUGAUUUGGCAAUUUUGCCGGAUGGCGACGAGACACAAGUUGGGGAAAAAGGUGUGUCGUUAUCGGGAGGACAGAAAGCUCGAUUAGCCUUGGCAAGAGCAGUUUAUGCUAGGGCAGAUGUAUAUCUUUUGGAUGAUAUCUUGUCAGCUGUUGAUUCAAACGUUGGAAGAAAUAUUAUUGAGAAAGUUUUGAGUAAGGGAGGAUUGCUUGGCUCUAAAACAAUAAUAUUGUGUACCAACUCCAUCUCUGUAUUAAAGUUUGCUGACAACAUCACUUUGAUUGAGGAUGGAUGUAUAAUAGAAACUACAACAUAUGCCGAAACAAAUGCUGACAGCCAUCCAAAAUUAUUUGAAUUGAUCAAGAAUUUUAGCAAGGAUACUUCUCCAAUACCAUCAGACCUAGCUACAGUGUCACCUUCGCACGUGCAUAGUUACAGGAAAGCAAGUAUAGAGAGUUUCCACUGGGAUCCAUUGAAAAAAUUACUACCCAAUUUGCGUAGCGGUCUGACAGAGGAGGUAAGCCAGAAGGGGAAAGUCAAGUGGGAAGUUUACUUGGCAUAUAUCAGAGCCUGUUCUAUUUAUGGGGGUGCGCUUUGGUUUAUUUUGUUGAUAGUGGCUACUGCGUUAUCAGUCGGAGCCAACUACUGGCUUAAAUAUUGGACAGAGCAGAACUCGGAGGGCCAGAAUAAACUGAAUGUGUGGAAAUUUUUAUUGGUCUAUGCAGGCUUGGGGUUGAGUGCUGCAAUUAUGACGAUUGCUCGAAGCUCAGUCAUGCUUCUUUGGUUGGGUAUCAAUGCAUCUAAGAAAAUCCAUGAUAAUAUGGCCCAGAGAGUGUUGAAUGCACCAAUGCAGUUUUUCGAACGAACUCCUGUGGGGAGAAUAAUGAAUCGGUUCACCAAUGAUAUUAACAAGAUUGAUGAUGGUCUCCCGCUGAUUUUCCAAAGAUUUAUCAACCAGCUUGUCAGAACAGUUUUCACCGUGGGUGUGGUUACUUUUGCCAUACCCGUGUAUCUAUUAAUUAUAUGCGUGCUAGCAACCUUAUACAUCUACUAUGAAAUCUACUAUGUGUCUAUAUCGAGAGAGUUGAAGCGAUUGGUGUCUAUCUCAAGAAGUCCGAUUUAUGGCCAUUUGGGUGAGAGCUUAAACGGUAUCGACACUAUUCGUGCCUACGACCAAAAGGCCCGAUUUGAUUUUAUAAUGAAUGCAAAUGUUGAUUUCAAUUUGAAGUCGGUGUAUAUGUUGACAUCUAUCAACAGAUGGCUUGGUUUUAGAUUGCAAACGAUUGGUGGAGUCGGCGUGUUUUCUGCUGCGAUAUUGUCCAUUUGGAGUGUACACACGGCACGUCCGUUGUCUCCUGCCAUGGCAGGGUUUGUCAUGACGUAUGCUAUGCAAGUGACUUCUGCAUUGAGAAUGCUUGUUCGAACAUCGGCUGAGGUUGAAACUAGCAUAGUUGCUGUGGAAAGAUGUCUUGAGUACACAAAGCUACCUGUUGAGGAGGAGCCUCACCUAAAAUUGAUCAAACCUCCUAAACACUGGCCACAAAAGGGUGUCAUUAAGUUCAACCAAUACUCGACCAGGUAUAGAGAAAACCUUGAUUUGAUUUUGAAAAAAAUUACGUUUUCCAUAAACUCAGCGGAAAAGAUUGGGAUUGUGGGAAGAACUGGCGCUGGUAAAAGUUCAUUGGCGUUGGCAGUUUUCCGAAUCAUUGAAGCUGUUGAAGGGAGCAUUGAAAUUGACGGGAUAAUUACCAGUCAAAUGUUUUUGCAGGAUUUGCGACACCGAUUGAGCAUCAUUCCACAGGAUUCACAAUUACUAGAGGGAACAAUUCGACAAAAUUUGGAUCCGUUCAACUAUUAUACAGAUAAAGAGAUAUGGCAUGCAUUGGAACUAGCUCAUUUAAAAGAACACAUCGAGAAACUACCUAAGGAAGAAGGGGCUGAAAAUAGCAAGUUACUCAACCGAGUAACUGAAGGUGGCUCUAAUUUUUCAUCGGGCCAACGCCAGUUGAUGUCCUUGACUAGAGUGUUAUUGAAAAUGAAUGACUCUAAAAUUUUGGUUUUGGAUGAGGCAACAGCUGCAGUAGAUGUUCAGACAGACAAGAUUAUACAGCAGACCAUUAGAAGUCAGUUCAAAGAUAAAACAAUAAUCACAAUCGCUCAUAGGUUGGAAACAGUUAUGGACAGCGACAAAAUUGUCAGUUUGGACAAAGGAGAGUUGAUUGAGUUUGACACUCCGCAGAAUUUAUUGAACAAAAAGGAUGGUGUAUUCUAUAGUCUAUGUAAACAAGGUGGGUAUAUUUAG